AGCCUCACUGAAACUAAAAGCAAGCCAUCAAAACUUCCUCCAGACGACGCCGUUUCGAUUCACGAAGAAGAUUUAAUUGAAAUGUGUUCGCUUAGAGAGAGGAAAAUGGAUCGGUACCAGAAAGUGGAGAAGCCGAGGACGGAGGCUGCUAUAAGUGAGAAUGAGUUGAGAAUAACGGCUCAGGGAAGACUCAGGAAUUACAUUUCUUAUGCUAUUUCUCUCCUGCAGGAUAAAGGUGCCAAUGAGAUUAUCCUCAAAGCCACUGGCAGAGCUAUUAACAAGACUGUGAUGAUUGCUGAGUUGCUUAAGAGAAGGAUUGUUGGUCUCCACCAAAAUACUUCAACUGGGUCUAUUGACAUAACCGACACAUGGGAGCCUCUAGAAGAAGGGCUUCUUCCAUUAGAGACUACCCGUCAUGUUUCAGUUAUCACAAUUAUUUUGUCUAAGAAGGAGCUGGAUUCAUCUUCCCUAGGGUAA